AUGAUAAGCGAACUGCUAUCGAAACAUUGUUGUUCAUGUUGGCUACUGUCAAAGACUCGAUUAAAAAGGGUUGUGGAAAAGAAAUUUGGGCGAAUCGUUGGGACUGUUAGAAUCAAAUAUAAAGAAACAAUCUGGAAAUUCCGAUCAAAUAGAACAGAUGACAGUUUACCAAGCAACUACGCUUUCGGGGCUGAACUUUUGUGCGAUCUCUUCAUCAAAAAUCAAAAGUGCGACAAGGACGAUCGCAUUGAAACCGAAUUUCUGAAAAUAUUUUGGAAUAGGCUGUACGUUAGAUACGAUGAAAUCAGCAAGUCCAGAUCACGAAGCGGAAGUCGUGAGAAAGUUCUGAAAGAUUCUGCAAUUCAAGCGUCUCCAUCGACUCGAGAAGCCGUUCAAGUGGUGAAGACUGUCGUUGGAUCUGAAGCAAAAGGGGCGGAGCCUAAUGGAACUUGA